AUGGAGGGGAGGAAAUUGAAUUUGUAUGCUCCAUUACCAUCAAUAAGGCGAAUCUUGAGCAAAACAGAGCGUACAAGUGAACCAGAGAACAAGAAGACGACGAUUACCAGAUCAGAGCUUCGAUCAUGUCCCGACACAGAACAAGAAACGCCGGUUUUUGUAUUACCAGACCAAAGCUUUGAUCAUCUCACAGAACCAGCUUCAAUUCCUUUUUUGUGGGAGCAAAUCCCUGGAAAACCAAAAGAUGACAUGGCUACAUUGAUUCAAGAAUCAGGUUUACUAGAAACCGAUGAAGAUGAAGAUGAAGAUGAAGAUGAAGAGGAUGAAGAUUUGGAUACGGUGUCUUCAAAUGUGAGUUUCUCUGUUAAUUGCAGCACAAGUGGAGUGAGCGAAAUCGAGAAGAACGGUGAGAAAUCUGACGAUGUGUCUUCUAAAGCAAGUCUCGAUCUAAUGAUGUCGAGGUUCUUGCCAGCUGCUAAAGCAAUGGCUUUCACACAUCAGAAACAUCAGUCUUCUUCUGCCUAUAACUCUUCAGAGCAGAAGCAAACCAUACAGAGCAGAGAAGCUCUUAGCUCAUUCAAGAUUUCAAACCCGGUUCCUCUGGAUGCAGGAUCAAACCGGGUUAUUAAACAUUCAGGUGAUCAAACCGGUUUACCAAACUGGUCAACUAGGCGUCUUUCCGGUUUUAUCUCUCCGUACCGAACCUCUUGUUCGGAAACCGGUUUUCUUGGAGCUACAGAGAAACCAGAGAGCCUCAAGAGGCUAAACAGAGGAAUAAGCAAGUCUCAAGAACUGUAUCCAACAAGAACAAGAAGAGAGAUUCUUCCUAACUAUUCAAAUUCUGGAGAAAUCAGAAUGACUCGAAACUCCAUCUCAACUCCUUCGAGGAUCCAACGGACAACGAUUCAAGACUCGAGGUUUCUUGCGGAAGAAGUUAAUCGAAGAAGAAGUAUAAGCAGCAGCAACAGGUCAGGGAAUCUUCUGAAAGCAUCGCCGGAUUAUACGGCGACGAUUUCUCCGCCGCCUUUACCGGAAACCCCGUCUCGACCGUGGCUCAGACGAACACUGCUUCCUCCGGUGAACCCGAGACCGUACGGCGUGGUUUUAGGUCAAGUUGGUUCCAAGAAACAGAAUCAAGAAGUUCUUGAAUCUACGAAAUGGGAAAAAAUGGUUAAAACAUCGUAUGUCCAUAACGACCACGUUCGUUAUUCUCAGGAACUGAUUGGUUAUCCCUCUCGCCAGCAAAAUACAUGAGACCAGACAUACUGUUUUUACAGGAAAUUUAAAUUAAUAAAUACAUUUUAAAACUUGCCUCUUAUUUUUCUUGAAGGCAACACGAAUUACCCGAGAUUGAAAUUUUUUUUUCCCAUUUUUUCGUGUGAUAUAUAUAAUUGUGGCGUUUGUUUUUCCGACCGCAUACUGUAUUUUGUAAUUGGAAGACCUAAUGUUUUGUUAUGUUUGAUAAAAAAUAUGGAUUCUGUGGCGAACCGGUUAUGACUCAUCCGGUUUAGACCGGGACAAUUUCACAAUAUAACCACGCUGUUUCAUAAUGUAGAAUCAUUAGUUAAUCAAAUCACCUUAUUAAAUUUGAAACUAGAGUUAUAUU